GCCCAGCCUUGAAGCUGCCCGACCAGAGCUGCUUUUGCGGUUAUUUGGCCAAGCAUCAGAUUUGUUUCCGGAUGGGGCUUUCUGGGAGCAUGUUGAAUAUCCGAGCCCCAACCUGUUGGUUUCUUACCAAAGUCUGCUGAACGUCACAUCUUCCAUCCUGCCAAGCGAUUCCUUGUCAUCCAGGCACCUACGAGCAGAGUCCGAGUCGAGGAAGAACCUCAGACUGGCCCUCUGCGGCCUCAAUGCAAUCCAGGCAGUGGUAACCCCCGGGCAGAUCGCCACAAAUAUCAACAAUGCUGCUGGAGCUUGCCAGCCGCCCUAUCCCACGAACGCAUCGCAGCGAGACUUCUGCGCAGCCAUGGUCUCUCUGGACCUAGCUCUGUGGGGCUUUCUGGCCAUCUACAUCGAGGGCGCGAACCUUGCCUGCAGCCCUACCUUUAACAUCAAGGCUGCCUGUGCACUUCCCGUGACAGGGGUCCUGGCAAGCGCUGCGGUUGUCACUUCUGCCGGAGCGACGAUUCGAAAUCAGU